AUGGGGAAGGGGGUUAGUUAUUUCACAGCUCUUGCAAUUGUAAUUGCUGUUGGUAUUUCAAUUGCUUCAUUGGUUUUGAAUAUCAUCAUUCUGAAUCAAGUAAAUAAAAGUUACAAGAAUAGCACUGAGCCAAUCAUAACUCCCAAUCAUACUCACUACGACCCUUCUCAAGGCUGUGGAUAUAAUGUCAGCCAAUCUCCGGAAUUCAAGGCAGCAGCUGACUACCUGCUUAAUGGCUUAGAUCCUACUGUUGACCCAUGCCAGGAUUUCUACGCAUUUACAUGUAAUAAAUUUUUGCAAAAUACCGAUCUCAAAAAACUUCAUCGAUCUCGUCUGGGUACCUACGAUCAAGCCCAAGUUGAUGUGUUCACUGAAGUCGCUGCGUCUCUUGCCAAAAUCGACAUAAAUGACGAUAAAAUUUCAAAAACGGAGCGAAUCACUAAAGCGGCUUACGACUCAUGUCACGCAAAUUUGAUGAACCCUCCCGAUCGCACCCAAGUCGUCUAUCGAGAAAUUAAAAACUUAUUUGGUGGUGCUCCAUUUCUUGGCGAUCAAUUAAGAAACAAUGUUGAUUAUUGGGAUGUCGCCGGUCAACUUGAACAAAAGCACGCGCUGGGGACACUUUCGUACUCCAUUGGAUCUUCAGAUUACAAAAACCAUCUUCAAAAUGCUUUGUACAUCGGAGAACCAGAACUUUCCCUUGCCCGAGAAUAUUACGUUAAACCGCAAUUCAUUGAUCAAGUCAAUCAACGCGUUAAAGAUGUGAAUGAUUUGCUUACCUCUUUCGCACACGCAGUUGGAAAACAAUGCAGCGCUGAUGAUGUUCUUCGCGCUGCUCAGGAAACAGUCAAUUUUGAAGUGCAAAUUGCAAUGGCAUCAUGGCCCGAUGAUCUUAUGAGAAACUAUCAACAACAGUACAACGCGUAUAAUCUUGAUGGGCUUAACAAAGCGUACAGCGGAAUUACUUGGAACACAUAUAUUGGAAGCCUUUUCGAUGGAAUCGCUUCUGUUGAUAAACAGAAAAAUUUCAAUCUUGUUAUCACUCAGCCGUCGUAUUUUGCCUGGUUGAACAGCGUUUUUUCUGGAAGCACUGUAAACUCAACAGUGGUGGCAAACUAUAUGAUUGCUCAACUCAUUGCUGACGAAGCUGACUUUAUUAAUCCAGCAACUCAAAAAGCAAACUCGAAAUAUAUACACUAUGCUCUUCGUGCUGGAAGAGGAGUUUCCAAAAUUGGAAGGCACGAAGUUCGUGUUUUGGACCUUGACGGCAUUGCUCAAGGCUGCAUGAACCUUCUCACCGCGUACAUGCCAUACGGAACUGGUUACGUGUACGUAAAAGGAAAGAGUGAGAGAAAUGAUGUGAAGAAAGAUGUUAUGGCUCAAACAGAUCUUAUUAUCAAUAACUUUCAAGGCAUGAUUGAUAGCUUACAAUGGAUGGAUGAUUACAGCAAAGAACGCGCUCAUAACAAAUCGGAAAGCUUAGUGAAAAACUUUGGAUGGCCUGAUAUGUUCGGAAAUUUCAUUGACUUCAAGGACAUUGAUGAUUACAACAGUGAUUACGCCUCAAUUAUUGACAUUUACAAAAAUGAUUCAUCUAAUAUCUAUGAUAUCAUGGCGGUGUUAAAAAAAGGAAUGGAAGUUCGGGAAUUGUUCCGAAUUCUGAAUGAGCCAGCGAAAAGAGAGAAUUUCCUUCAAUCUCCAGCAAUGGUAAAUGCGUGGUAUCAGCCUGAGAGAAACUCGAUUACUUUCCCGUAUGCCGCAUGGAAUCCACCAUAUUAUCACCUUAAUUACCCGCAAGCCUACAAUUUCGCCGGACAGGGUGGAACUGGCGGCCAUGAGCUGACACAUGGUUAUGACGACGAAGGUGUUCAAUUUGGAUUCAAUGGUGAACUCACAAAUUGCACCUGGAACAAAUGUGGCUGGAUGGACUCGAGCUCGUCAUCGGGAUUCGUUGAUAUGGCUCAAUGUGUUGUUACCCAAUUUAGCACCAAAUGCUGUCCGGAGAAAACCGGUAAUGUCCACUGUGCGAAUGGUGCGACGACACAAGGAGAGAAUAUUGCUGACCUUGGAGGCCAACAAGCUGCUUAUAGAGCAUAUAGAGAAUAUGUAGCAACUGUGAGGAAUGGGCAAGAAGAGGAGAGACUUCCUGGACUCGAAAAAUACACACCUAAUCAAAUAUUUUGGAUAACUUAUGGUUACUCGUGGUGUAUGAAGCAAACCGAUGAGAAUCUCGUUCACCAAUUGCUCACGAACCCUCACUCACCAGGAUCCUGCAGAACCAACAAUGUAAUGCAAGAUAUUCCAGAAUUUGGAAUCGAUUUCGGAUGUGUUCGUGGAACACCAAUGUACCCACCGCCAUCAGAGAGAUGCAAAGUCUGGGUUGGAAACUAA